AUGAGAUCUCUACACCACGGCUGCUCACAGAUAGUAGAACAUGAAAUCGCUACAUCACGGCUGCUCACAGAUAGUAGAGCAGAGAUCUCUACAUCACGGCUGCUCACAGAUAGUAGAGCAGAGAUCUCUACAUCACGGCUGCUCACAGAUAGUAGAGCAGAGAUCUCUACAUCACGGCUGCUCACAGAUAGUAGAGCAGAGAUCUCUACAUCACGGCUGCUCACAGAUAGUAGAGCAGAGAUCUCUACAUCACGGCUGCUCACAGAUAGUAGAGCUGAGAUCUCUACACCACGGCUGCUCACAGAUAGUAGAACAUGA